AUGAAGUUAUUUUUAUUGCUAUUAUUAAUUAAAAUAAUAAUUGCUGAUGAUAAGGCUAAAGCAAUAAAGUAUUUAAAUGAUUAUGGUUACCUAGAUAACCCAGAUAAUAAAAAUAGUAAAGUCAGUGAUGAUGCAUUUAGAGAAGCAUUAACGUUAUUUCAGUUAACAUAUAAUCUUGAAAUAAAUGGUGAUUUAAGUGACGAUACUUUAAAUUUUAUGAAUAUGCCUAGAUGUGGUGUAAAAGAUGAUUUUAAUAGCUAUAGAACUAGUAUGUAUAAAUGGAAUAAGAAAAAUAUAAAAUGGCAUUAUAAAGGUGCUACUAAAAAGGUAAUACAUGUAACAGAAGCAGCAUUUAGUUUAUGGCAAAAAUAUAUUGACAUUCAGUUUCAUCAUGACAGCAAUAAUCCUGAUAUCUUAAUUACAAAUAAAAGACGAAAACAUAGAUAUGAAAUUGUUAAAACUAUCCAUUGUUCAAAAGACCUAGAUGGAAAAGGUAAUGUGUUAGGCCAUGCAUUUUUUCCAGAUAUGAAUAAUAAUCCUGUAGAAAUACAUAUGGAUGAUGAUGAAUUGAAGUAUUUGGAAAUUGAUAAAAAUACACCAAAACAUCAAACAAAUCUAUUUGAAGUGUUAGUGCAUGAAAUCAGUCAUUCAUUAGGUUUACAACAUUCUGAUGUUUAUGGUUCAAUGAUGUAUGCGUACUAUAAUGGAUCACAUUUAGAAUUGAGUCAAGAUGAUAUUGAAGCUAUUCAAAGCUUAUAUGGUAAAGUAUCACAACAGACUACUACACCAAAAGUAAGUGUAAGUUUUCCUACAUCAUCUACACCAAUUGAGCCAGCGGAAUCAUUGUGUGAAAGCAAACAUUUCGACCACUUAUUGUUUUCAAAUGGAAUAUUAUAUAUCUUUUAUCACAAAUGGGUAUGGAUUAGUAAUAAUAUGAACCCGAAACUAAUAACAAAUUGGCUAAACUUCUUACCACAUGGUUUACAAAAAAUAGAUGGAAUUUAA